AUGGUGUUAGGUUGUUAUUUUCUUCCUAUUCAGAAACGAUCCAACUGGUCCCAUCCCUGCUCUCCACUUUGGCAAGAGGUUGAAAUGUCAGGGAAAAAAACGCUUCCAAAAGAAGUUAUCCAGAGAGGGCGAUAUAUACAGCUGAUUAUUUUUGGACUGCCCUUGGUUAUUCUCCCAGGAUACGAACUUUAUCAGAGAAUCUUCAAUGGUAAAGAAAGGAAGAUUCAACAGGGUGAAAUACUUUCUGAUGGAACUUUGAGAGAGUUCAGUGAGUAUGAAAAGUAUGAAGUGCACAAGAAUAGUUGGUUGACAAGAAUUUUUGGAGAAAGGUAA